ACGUUGGUGAAUGACCAUUACGGUACGCAAAUUCCAGGCACUUACCGUCUCCGUCUCCAUAGGACCAACAGAAAUGUCAAGGCCUCUGUCAAAGAUCCCCGUGGAGGGUUGAUGGUGGAAUCGGCUUUUCGGUGUAAAAGCCAGAGUGUUGAAGAACUGUCCCAGCACCACAACAGGAAUCACUGCACACGAAAGACACCUAUAUCUACCCCCAUCAGCCACAUGCGCAACAAGCGAAACAGCGGGGAAGGUCCCUCAAAACUGUAUGUGCAUGGUCAAGACAAAGAUUUCGAAUCAAGACACACCCAUUGACGUACAACAGUACGCGUAUGAUUCACAUGAGAAAAUUUAUCUCUACCAGUGUCCUGAUUACUAUGUCCUUCUUAACCUCCGAGUUCUAGUCAGACAUAGUGAGUGGUACACUCAUCCCCGAAUCAAAUUUAAAGUGGGCUUUGCUUCCAGCAUUUGAUUUUCUAGAUAGUGUGGAUUACUGGACUAGUUGAAGAAAUGCCAGCGAGUGGUACAGGUUAACUCCCACUCGGAGUUGCCCGCAUCAACAAAUCAAACU